AAUCAAAACGUCGACUGCUUGUACAGAAUGCUGAUCUGUCAUGUCUUUUUAUCUCUAUUCAAAUACUGAGAUUUAUUUGUUUAUUUUAUGUGUCGUGAACAUUAUCUUUUAUAACGCGAAACCAAAUUUGUAUAGUUGGUUGUGAUGUAGGAAGAGGUUAAUUUUAUUUCAAUUAUCAAUUCUUCACGACUUCGGUCAUAAUACGUUCUUUAGAUUGUAGGUUAUAAAAUAUUAUCGGACCAGCUAAUGGGCGUAUUGUAACUUAAUUGCUUAUAUAGUUUUAAUUUAAUAAAAAAAAUAUUUGUUUAUAUAUUGUCACAUAGUCAUAGAUGAUAUUUCAGAGCAAAUUGCGGUAUAUUACUAUAAACUACUUCAUUCAAAGUGAAGGUGACACGUGUUGCAGUACUACAUGGAAACAAUGAGUUGGUUUGACGCCACUGGGUUCGCAAACUUAGCCAAAACAGCUCUGAAGGAGGCCCAGAAGACGAUUGAUAAAGCGUUGGACAUCAAAGAGGAAGAUGUGGAACACAACAUCCACAGCAGUUUGCCGUCUGCUGUGUCAGUGGAGGGGGUGCCACGCAGUGAGAGCGAGCCACAACUGUCAACUGUCAACAAGCUCAACACCAGUGCCAGUCUUUGGGGCUCCUUCACUGGCUCCUUCUUUGAGAACCCUAAGGCUCAAGAAAAUGAAUCUGGAAGCAAAGAGGCUCCCGCCAGACCAACUAACUUAAUCUCUCAUCAGCCAAAGAAAGCAGCCACAUUCCGUCCUCCCACUGGUAAGACUCAUACUCCUGACUCCAACAGCCCCCCUGCUGAAGAGGAGCCUCCUGAAGAGGGUAACCCUGCUGAUAUCAGAGAAGAGAUACUUAGCUUCCCCCCUGUUGUGUAUCGGAAGAAGGAGCCCAGAAAUUACAGCAACAGACUAUCAGCCAUAUCUUCAGAGAGUGAUCGGAGGUCCAGUUCGAGCUGUGAGGUCCUAGGCAGUUGUACACCAGAUUCAGAGCCGCCACCAUCGCUCAGCAGCUCCUCGUCUGGUGCUCGUCUGCGACAGUCUGGCAGCUUUGAGUCAGUUGAGGUGCUCACGUCCCCCAGCAGUGUGGAGGUGCUAGGCUCAUCUUCCAGUGAAAAUAGGUACUCAAGUGACUCAGUAUCCCCACUUGUGGAGGGGGAGGAUGUGCCGGAGCUGGUGGAGGACUCUGAGCCGAGUGUUGCGGAGGACAGCUAUACCUCCGCCUCCGAGACUCUGACAAGUGGUACUGUACUAGAUUUACACCACACCGACGCUGUGCGGGACCUCAUGCUCAAGUCCACCUCUUCACUGGACACCUCCCUUACUGAGCCUCCUAGAGAUAGUGUGGGCAGUGACUGCAUGUCUAGCUGCGAGGAGGGUACCCUGAUGGGGAGCAGUGGUGAGGAGACUACUCUACACAACGUGUCCAGCACAUCGUACCUGAAGACCCUGCUCGCAGACGCCAUGACGGAACAGUCUCCCUCGCACAGGGAUCACUCGCCAAUCUCUUCCGAGAGCCGUUCGGACAUGAUCAAAGUUGGCUCCAGUGGUCACACGUCAGGAGAUGAACUUGAGACUACCACCUCUUCGGAUAUUGAGAUCAUAUCCAGCCCCACCCCUAACGGAGACAGCAGCAGUGCAACGUCACGACAGAGUCCUGCACGGUUGUGUAUGAGAGGCAAGAUCGGACUGGUGACCGCCGCAGAGCCCCUCAAGAUCCUCACCACCAAAACGAAAGGCCACCAGAGGGAGUUGUCGGAGGUUUCAAGUGGUGGGUCAGAUGAUGGUUCAGAAGUGGACAAGCUGCUGAAGAGGAUAUCAGAGAUGACAGAGAUAUUGGAGGUGAGAGAAGCCAGACUAGUAGACCUCAGUCGUAUCAAUUCUGACCUGCAAGAAUCCAACAGUGAACUCCAAAAACAGUUGGAGAGCCGACUACAGAAACAAGAUGUGAGCGAGUUAAGUGAGGAGUUUACUCAGAGGUUGGCAGCACUAGAGCGCAAGUUCCAACAAGCCAUCCGGGAGAAGGAAGUUUUGAGGAAACAAUUGGAGCAAGCAAGAGUUGCAGCUGCGGCAGCAGAAGAGGAGGCAGAGAAGGACCAGGUGAUUACAGAUCUUAGAGCUGAGGGGGACAAGCUCAGUAAACAGCAGCUUACUCUAAAUAAUCUCAUCAAAAAGCUGAGAGCCACAGAAAAGGAAAACCAAAAGGUCAUCACUUCGCUCAAGGAACAACUAGAGGAAUGCAAUCAAGAACUGGACAGGUCGAAACGUGCUCUGUCCGCCAAACAGGAUGUGGAGAGGUCCCAGAUAGAGGCAGUUCACCAGCUGACCCGCACCAAUCAGCGGUUAGAGGCGCAGACAACGGCUUUGCAGGCUCAAGUAGACGGUCUCACGUCAACUGUUGUGUCGCUACAGAAGGAGGUGACGGAGGGGGCAGAGCGUAGUGCGCAGCUGCAGAUUCAGCUUGCGGAAGCAAGGGCGGCUGCAGAGACAGAUGUGAGACAGAAGCUGGAGGCUGAAUGGACCGAGACUGCUGAACAGCGGGACCAGCUUGAGAGUGAAGUGCAGCAGCUGAGAGAGCGGCUGGAUCAGCAGAUGGAGCAACACGAUAGGCAGGUGCAGGAGAUGAGGAGGGAACAAGCAGAAUUGGUGCGAAGACUGGAGGCUGCCGGUGCUGUGGUUGAGGAUGUUGCACAGAGUGUGAGUGCAGCCACACAGCCAUUGGUUAGACAGAUAGACUCACUGACAUCAGCACAUUCGCAGGCUCAGGCUACCUGGGAGCGACAAGAACGCAAACUUCUACAACAGAUGAAUGAGCUGCAGACUCGUGUAGCAGGACUGGUUGAAAGCGAGCGAGCAGUGCGGGAGCAGCUGGUGGCCGGUAACACUCGUUGCACUGCGCUCGAGGCUAGACUCGCGACUACACUGCACGACCUGGAGACUGUGCAGGCAGAGUUGUACGAGACCAGGCAGAAACUGAAACAACGGGAUCAGGACAGUAAAAGGCUAGGGGAGGAACACGAAGCAGUGGUACGGCAGUUGAGAGCUGAGAUCGCAGAGAGAGAGAGGGAGACAAAAGGUUUGGAACAACAACUGUCAGUGGAGCGAGCAGCUUUGGAAGCGGAACGACGCAAGAUAGCAUCCAUCCAGGAACAAGCUAGAAGAAGGGGUCCUUCCCCUCCUGCGUCUCCUCCAUCUUCUCCAACCCUCAGUCUGGGCAGAGUCUCUGUGGCUGACUCCAUGUCCAGCAACAUCUGGCCUAGUUUUGGAGAUGAUGUGUUUGAAACGGGUUCUGCGAGUGGGAGAUUGUCCAGUGUGUAUGACAGUCUCCGACCAGGCAAUACCACCUCACUAUUGGAGGGACUGCAGGCUCAGCUAAAACAGAGGGACGGUGAGGUACAUCAGUUGCAGUGGGAGCUGUCGAGACGAGACGUAGAACGAGCAGCACUCAGCAACGAAUUGGCAACCCUGACAGCACAGGUGGAGAUGCAGGAUAAGCAGUUGGCAGCACUGGGCAACCUGCGGACUGAGUACGAUGCAUUGCUGCUGCUCUAUGGAGAAAAGCUGGAAGAAAGCCAAGAGCUCCGCAUGGACUUGCAGGACGUUAAGGAUAUGUACAAAACUCAGAUUGAUCAGCUGUUAAAGAAAGAACCGAACUCGUGAUGUGUCGUGUUCUGACGCAAUGCCGACUGUGAUAUCAGAAUAGAUUCCUAACCAAAUACAAGUACUAUACAAGCGUUCCAUUCACUGUAUGCUAUACCAGUAUGAACAUUUUUAUUGAUUGUAUUGUGUUUAUAAGUUGUUGAUUUUAUUGUCACAUUGUUAUUAAAUAAAUAAGGUUGGUGGGAUUGGUGCAAGACACAUAUCAGAUUGUUGACUAGUAAUAUUUAUGGUUUUGUAUGUUUGUACAGUUUUGAUCGUUUGCACAAUAUUAUUUAAGUCAAGUACCAUUGGUCUGUUAACAUAUGUAUGCGUCCUGCAGGUAAAAUCCACCAACAUAGUAAGUA